UUGCGCCUUGCUCGAAGAUUACGUAAACACAUUUGUAUUAUCCUGAGUUAACAUGGAUAACGCGACCGUCCAAAAAGUGGACGAGAACGAUGAGUCCAAGGCGGUGAUGUUGUUCGGCCGAGACAUCAGGAAGAUCCCCUGUUUCAAGCACAGCCUGCUGUACGGCAUCUACAGCGGUCUCGCAACCGGCCUGGUCACCUUCAUGUUUACCAGUCGUGCGAAUCUAUCGGCGAACAUGGCCCUGGGAUCCUACAUGGGUGUCACUGUAGUUUACUGGUUCUACUGUCGAUACAACUACGUAAUGGAAAAAUACGAAAUGCAGCACCUGCAAAGUAUCUUUCGGCAAAGGUCGAUCAACCCCGAAGAUAAGGCCAAGGAAAGCGUUUAGGAGCUUCAGAGAAAAACUGAUACAUGAAAAUUGUUCCUCUGUCGCGAAAGACUUUUAAAAUUAUAUACGACAAUAA